AUGGUGACCUCCUGCCCAGCCAGCCCGGCCAGCCCCGCCGCCCGGAUCAGGAGGCGGGACAGCGACCCGAACCUCCGCGCCCCGGUGAAGAAGAGCCGGCGCCUGCGCCUCGGAAGGAAGCAGCGGCUCCAAUCCCCGACCUCGCUCCCGCCUCUCGGGGACUCAGGCGUCUGCGACUUGUUCGAGUGCCCCAGCUCCGGCUCGGACGGCGCCGACAGCCCCGCCGCGGCGCGGGGCCGCAGCCCGCAGCCCGGCCCUGCCCAGCGGUGGGCGCAGCUAGACCUCCAGACGUUCCGCGACUACGGCCAGAGCUGCUACGCCUUCCACCGAGCGCGGGAGAGCCUCUUCCACCCGCGGGAGUCGCUGGCGCAGCAGCCACAAGUGACGGCCGAGUCCCGCUGUAAGCUGCUCAGCUGGCUGAUCCCCGUGCACCGCCGCUUCGGCCUCUGCUUCGAGUCGCUGUGCCUGGCGGUGAACACUCUGGACCGCUUCCUCGCCACCACCCCGGUGGCCGCCGACUGCUUCCAGCUGCUGGGCGUCACGGCGCUGCUCGUCGCUUGCAAACAGGUGGAGGUGCACCCGCCGCGCGUGAAGCAGCUCCUGGCCCUGUGCUGCGGCGCCUUCUCCCGACAGCAGCUCUGCAACCUCGAGUGCAUCGUGCUGCACAAGCUGCAGUUCGACCUGGGCGCGCCCACCGUCUGCUUCUUCCUGGAGCAUUACACGCACACACGCGUCGAGGCCGGGCAGGCCGCGGUCGCCGAAGCCCUGGAGGCGCAGGCGCUGGCGCAGGGGGUGGCGGAGCUGAGCCUAGCGGACUACGCCUUCACCAGCUACACCCCCUCCCUGCUGGCCCUCGGCUGCUUGGCGCUGGCCGACCGCCUGCUGCGCCUUCCGUGCCCGCUGGACCUGCUUCUGGGCGGGCACGCUCAGGCGGCGCUGGAGGACUGCCUAGACAAGCUGCAGCUGCUGGUGGCCCUCAACGAGGCCUCCUUAACGCACGUGCUGCCCCUCCAGAUCGGCGAGAAGUGCAGCCUGGCCCCGAGAUCGAAAUGAAGACGACCCUCGGGCUCUGUGCCCUGGCUCGGCCGCUCGAACGCGCUCCGGACUGCAGCAGUGCGCAGUAUUGGCUCGAGGUUGUGGGCUCCUGUUUGGUGGGCAGGUCGUCCUGCAGGUUGUAAAUAGUGCCCACGGUAGUGGCGGCUCCUCAUUUAUUUUGCUGAGAGUACACGAGAGAGCUGAAUCUUCCCUCCAAUAAAAAGAGGCUGCCUUUCGUGGUUUGUGUGAA